UGCACGCCACCAGAGUUGAGCCGACAAGUGCCCCUCCAACUUGGCUAGGAAACGAAUUGAAUCGUCUCGUCUGGGAGGUCUGAUUAUUUAUCGAGAAUCCGCGGUCCAUAUCAUGUCGCGCAUGCCGCUGCCGGCCAGACGCUCCCGCGACAAUGUGGCACCGACUCUCCAGACAAUCACCAGCGGCCACUCAUACCACCACCACGACCACUACCACCACCACUACUACUACCACCACCAAGGCGCGAGACGACCCCGACAGCCAGUUCUGGCAGGACAGAUUCGAGGAUCGAAUUAAGCGCCUUGCAACAUCUGCUGAAGCCGGCAACCGACCCCAUCGCUUCGAGAUUCAACAGGGCAAGGCUGUGCCCAGCUCAAGCGACUCGCCUCUCGCUUCGCGCGAGUACCUGGGUGCUGACGCGCCCGAAAAUAACAGACCAAGCUCCGCCUCUUCGUCGACACCAGAAGCUGCGCCUCGACCGCGACAAUUCCCACGAACCUCAGAGUGGCGCCAGAGUGUCCUGCCGGUACCCCCUCCACCUGUCAACGGCGACGCUGCCGUACCAAAACUGGUGGUGAGCGACGAUCAUUGCGACAAGAGGCAACCCGGGAGCGACGAAAUGGCGAGCCUGUAUUACACACAGCAUGAACCACAGCAGCAGCAAAGGGCGAUCAAUACAGAUGGAGUGUCGUUGCCAAGCUCCCCUGAGCUGAGCCCAGAGGACAGCCCGCACUACAAUGACAUGAAUGUCUCGCCAAUGGAGGAGGAUGACGCAGAUGUGUCUCGACAGUAUUUCACAAAGGGGCCCAACCCACUGGCGCAGCACCCUGCUGCUGCUGCUGCUGCUGCCGCCUCCCCAACAGCACCCACGCCCGCUCGUCGUUCCAGUGCUCAACACCCGUCCAGCAGUAUUCCCACGAUGAAAAGGCAGCAGCAGAAGCUGAGCGACGCUGAUGCAGUGGCUCCAAGACCGCGAGCAAACCGCGACACGCACCUGAGGGCUGGGACCCCUCCUAUAGCAUCGGGGCGCACAUCGCGCAACGCCGUCGGAUGGGAGGAUCCUACCGACCAAAUGCAUCCUCGACCAGAGAGCACCGAACCCCGCGACGAAGCGCACAUGUACGGCAUGACGACCACCGUAACGGCCCAGCUCGGCCAGCGCUCGAGGAACCACCCGCCUUCGCUAGGCCAGCGCGUGCGCCAGCAGCUGGGGAAGGGAAAGACGGAGCCCAUCGAGAACAGACCAGCAUGGCACGGCGCCAGCGGUAGGGAGACUGUCGUCAAGCCUGUCCAGGACAACACCAGUGCGCCGCCGUUGCAGGUACCGCCCAAGAGCAGCAAGCGGGCAGAGCGGGCGAGGGAUGCGCGCGCACAGGGGCAGCAUGCUCAUCAGCCUGCACGGCAAAGUCAACAGGCGCACGACAUGGCGCAUGGCUCAUCUAAAAUGGCAGCCUUUCGAAAGUUCAUGCCCCAUCGCCACAGCCAGGUACCACCUCAACCCCACGGCCGGGCCUCCGCCGCAAACGAGUCUGCGACAGGCAACGUCGCAGCUGUAAACGCCACCACCACCACCAUAACAAACGAACCAGGCAUGGACAUAUCUUCCUCCAUAAUAGAGGCACCCGAUUCCCCGCCACGGAUUCGGGUCUCGCCCCAUCCCCCUCGACUAACGAUUCCCAACCCGGACAAGGCCAUCAAGCGUAAGCCCCCGCCCAACGCUGCCAACAGCCCAGCGCACGUCGUCCACCCGUCCAUCUCCAGCUCAGUCUACUCAACACAGCCAGAGCAGCCGACCCUGACUGCCUCGCCGCAUCAGAUCACGUCUACUCCCCCGCUACUGGAGGACUCCUGGACGCAGCCCCCGUCGCGAUUCAGCACCACCACGUACGCUACAGCUGCGAACGACGCGACCUCUCGACGCUCCAACGAGGAGCAAGUGCCACCUGUCCCCGAGCCGGCGUCUUCCGUGAUGGAUCGUAGGAGACCCGUCCCCGGACGAGACAGCCCGCAGACGGUACCGCACGAACCCCUGGUGAUUUCGCUCAAGUCGGCCACCACGUCCGACCAUGCCAGCACGCCACGGAGCAUCGCGCACGACAAGACAGACGGGCGGCCCAUGUCCAUCAUGUCGACGAGCAAGGAUCUGCCCCCGGCGCCACCAGAAAUGGUCGACACCAAGGACCGCGUCGUGCUGCUCAACACCAAACUCGAGGCGCUGGCCCAUCGACGCAACAACAUCAACCGGAGCAUCAAGAAGAUGACGGAGCUCAUGCCCGCCGACCGACUCUUGGCUAGCCACGAGGUGCUGCGCAAGCGCGAGGAGGAGAAGAAAAAGGUCGAGGCUCUUCGCGAGGAGCUGGCAGAGGUGCAGAGGCAGGAGUAUGAGCUGGGCUUGAAACUGCACCGUGCGUACAAGCGUCAGGAGCGCGAGGCGAACUACGAGACCGGCACGCUGUGGGUCAGGAGAGUCACGAGCUAAGUUUGGCCGAUGCCUUAUGGAUGGAAGCAGGAGAGGCCGUAUGAAUGAGGGAGCAUCAAAGGGCCGUUUCUUUUCUUUUCUUUCUCUUGUCUGUUUAGCGUGUUCAGCAUACCA